AUGUCUUCCACCGAGAAAGACGUGCCCCAGGGCACCCAUAUCGAGGGCGCGGCUGCUGAGGACCACUCCAUUAGCGCUGCCCCUGUCCACGACGGGAUUCACAACGCAGCUGGAAAGGGCCAGGUCGCAACAGACAAAUAUGGUCAUCCCCUCGUCGAAUUCGACCCUGUAGCUGUCCGCAAACUUCGUUGGAAGCUUGAUUUGUACACCAUCCCUACAGUGGCCCUACUGUACCUCUUCUGCUUCAUCGAUCGUGCCAACAUUGGAAACGCCAGAAUCGCCGGCCUCGACAAGGACCUUGGUCUCCAGGGAUACGACUACAAUAUCAUCCUCUCCACUUUCUACGUCUCAUACAUCAUCUUCGAGAUCCCUGCCACGGUCGCUUGCAAGUGGAUGGGCCCCGGCUGGUUCCUGCCCGUCACCACGCUCCUGUUCGGUAUCGUCUCUAUCGCCACGGCCUUCGUGCACAACCGCGCCGCCAUCUGUGGCGUGCGCUUCCUGCUCGGCAUCUUCGAGGCCGGCAUGUUGCCCGGCAUCGCCUACUACCUCUCCCGGUGGUACCAGCGCGCCGAGCUGACGUUCCGUCUGUCGCUGUACAUGGUCAUGGCGCCCCUCGCCGGCGCGUUCGGUGGUCUUCUGGCCUCGGCCAUCCUCACCCUUGAUUCUUUCGGUAGCCUUCACCGCUGGCGCAUGAUCUUCGCCAUUGAGGGAAUCGUCACCAUCAUCCUGGCCCUCAUCUCCUUCGUCACCCUCACCGACCGCCCUGAGACGGCGCGUUGGCUGACGCAGGAGGAGAAGGACCUCUGCAUCGCCCGCGUCAAGUCGGAGCGCGUGGGCGCCACCGAGGUCAUCGACAAGAUCGACAAGACGAAGCUGAAGCGCGGCAUGUUCAACCCCGUCACCCUCGAGAUCGCCGUCAUCUUCCUGUUCAACAACAUCACGGUGCAGGGCCUGGCCUUCUUCCUCCCGACCAUUGUCGCCAACAUUUACCCGACCUUCUCCACCGUCCAGAAACAGCUGUACAGCGUACCCCCUUAUGCAGCCGGAGCCUUCUUCACCCUCGCCUUCCCCGCCCUGAGUUGGUAUCUUGAUAGGCGCCAAGUGCUCAUCGCCCUGAGUGCGCCGAUGGUCAUGUGCGGAUACAUCAUGUUCCUCGCGUCCAAGGUGGCCAGGGUCCGCUACGGAGCGACGUUCCUCAUCGCCAGCUCGGCCAUGGUUAUGGGGCCCAUGUCCAACGCCCACAUUAGCGCCAACGUCGUCAGCGACACGGCGCGCAGCAGCGCCAUCGGUCUCAACGUCAUGUUCGGCAACGUCGGCGGCCUCAUCUCGACAUGGAGCUACCUUGGCUGGGACGCGCCCGACUUUCACAUCGGCAACGGUCUCAAUCUCGGCGCCUCGAGCAUGAUCUUGAUUCUGGCCACCGCCGCCUGGUUCUGGAUGAAGUGGGACAACAAGCGCCGCGACGACCUUAGCAUCGAGGAGGAGUUGGCGGGCCUAUCGGAGCAGGAGGUCCGAGACCUGGACUGGAAACAUCCUGCUUUCCGCUGGAGGACCUGA